AUGACCUCCAUUUUCGCCGCGCCAAAAACUAAACGCAAUGCUGCACGGAAAAUCCAUAUACGAAGACUAUACGACAUGAUGAAUAUUGCCAUCCAGCGCAACGACUAUGUCCGAGCAAACCGAGCAUGGAGUAUCCUUGCUCGAUGUCCGGAGGUCGAUUGGAAAGCUUUAUGGACUACGGGGGUUUAUCUUGUCGCUGAAGGGCUAGACGACCACGAGAAACUUUCAAGCAAGAUCGACUUUCUGCGCGUUAUGAUGCUGCAGCGCCCCAGCGAUAAAGAAAUUAUCCUAAAGGAACUUUGUCUGCGACUGAUUCUCUCUGGACGAUACCGCGAGGCGUUGGACGACCUGGAACUGUAUCUGCCCUCAUUUCCGUAUCAGGACAACCCUAUUCUCAAUAUAUAUGCUGGUCUUCUGACCUUAUAUCUUGCUCAGUCGCCACAACAAGGCCAGGCCAACGGACCAAACCCAAAACUAAUGCGGGAUGCGCAAACCUAUUUCGAACGUGCCGCGAGCUUGCAGCCUGACUUCACUCUUGCUCAAGGUUACCUUGACCUGCUGGGCACUAUGGCGGGCCAGUCGCAGGCCAGUCCCUCUGACGAAGAUCAAGAUGAGAUUGUGUCUCCCCAGUCAGAUCUCCCAAGACGGAAACGAAUGAGAACAAACCUCAUGAUGCAAUUCCCUGCAUGA